GACGCUGGUAUGGCAUAUGGCAGUGAUCAGGACACUGGUAUGGUGAUGAUCAGGACAUUAGCAUGAGGUAUGGCGGUGAUCAGGAUGUUGGUAUGGCAGUAAUCAGGACACUUUUAUGGGGUAAGGGGGUGAUCAGGAUGCUGGUGUGGGGUAUGGCAGUGAUCAGAAUGCUGAUAUGGGGUAUGGGGGUGAUCAGGACACUGUUAUGCUGGUAUGGCGGUGAUCACAAUGCUGGUAUU